GUCACGUGAGCGGGAGCGAUGGAGGCGGCCAAGAUGGCGUCCCCCAAGAGCGCCCCCAAAGACGCGCAGGUGAUGGCGCAGAUCCUCAAGGACAUGGGCAUCACUGAGUACGAGCCGCGCGUCAUCAACCAGAUGCUGGAGUUCGCCUACAGGUACGUGACCACCAUCCUGGAGGAUGCCAAGAUCUACUCGAGCCACGCCAAGAAGUCGAGCGUGGACGCGGACGACGUGCGCCUGGCGAUCCAGUGCAGGACAGACCAGUCCUUCACCUCCCCCCCGCCCAGAGACUUCCUGCUGGACAUCGCCCGCCAGAAGAACCAGACGCCGCUGCCCCUCAUCAAACCCUACUCGGGGCCGCGGCUGCCCCCCGACAGGUACUGCCUGACCGCCCCCAACUACAGGCUCAAGGCCCUGCAGAAGAAGGUCUCCUCCACAGCAGGCAGGAUCACAGUCCCUCGCCUGAGCGUGGGUGCCGUGAGCAGCAGACCUAGCACUCCCACUCUGGGUACCCCCUCAGCCCAGACUGUGUCUGUGUCAGCCAAGGUGGGGGCCCCGGUGUCUCUGGCCGGGCAGCGCUUCACUGUCCAGAUCCCAUCCUCCCAACCUGCUGGGAAGUCAGCCACCCCGACCACCCCGACCGUGCAGAACGUGCUGAUCAACCCGUCCCUCAUCGGCCCCAAGAACAUCCUCAUCACCACCAACAUGGUGUCCCAGGGCACAGCCAGCGACCCCAACCCCCUCAAGAGGAAGCAUGAGGAUGAGGAUGACUAUGACACCUUGUGAUGGGAACGGGGCCCUUCCCGGGACUCACAGGGGGUGGGAAGGCUCUGGCCAGGGGGGUGGGAAUGUGGAAAUAAAGUGGAGUGUGUUUGUAACCUG